AACAUAUGUCAUUGUGUAUCGGCAUGUAGCUUUCUAUUUUAACAUUUAACAUGAUCAUUCUCUUGUAGGAAGUCUUUCAGGAAAGGUUGCAUAAAAUAUAAGAUAUGCUUAGCAUACACAAGCUCGAUCUUCAUGUCUUGGCAAUACUAUUUCUAGUCUCGGUUGUUUUCAUACAACAAUCAAACGCAGAAUGUCACAAACCAAUACAAGCCUGUUCUUUGGAUUCUGACUGUCCCGGAGCAAAAUAUUGUUUAGGACCUACGGGCGACAAAAUAUGCUUAUAUUGCGCAUGUAACCACAGGGACGAGUGCUACAGGGUCGGUAACAGUGCGGCCUGCAAUUGCUCAAACUCGGCCGGCUACUAUGGCGAUUAUUGUGAAUGUGCACCUGAAUCUACCGAUUGUGGCGUUGACAAUUGGGCGCUCUAUAAAGACUGCAGUGAAUUCUACCAGAACGAGUUUGACACAAUUGAAAAUCUGGACGCCGUCGUCGGAAAUGAGCUUGUGAUUGCGUAUAAUAUGGAAACCCAAUAUGACGAUUGUAAAGGGCAAUGUCAGGCGCGCAGCUGUCGAUUCUUUUCGUUUGGAAAUUACAUGUGUAAAGUUUUUAGUGAAACUAGUGAAUUUGAUGCAUCUUCGUUAAUGAAAAAUGUUAAAUAUGCCGCUGACGUUAAUUUUUAUAUUAGGCAGUGUGCCGUGUGUUGAGUAACGAACGCGCACGUGACUUUAAAAAAUGGAAACAAAGAAUCGCAACAAUUAUGAAGAAUAUAUUAUGAGUACAAUUACAUAAUAUAUUGAAAAAUAAACUAUUCAAA